UUAGUCUAGAUAAACUUUAAAUAUGUUGGAUUACAAAGCGGUUUACAUUUUGUAGUCAUAGCGAGAGACGUGUUUACAUAUUAAAAUGGCUGUACCUGGACGAAAAAAAUAUGCAGGCGAACAGUCUGAAUUACUGUUGAAAAUUGUGUGUGAGCCGUGUUCUUUGUAUGGGAGUGAAAUAAGUUCUGACGGUUAUUGUAAAGAAUGCGAGGAAAAUAUGUGCAGUACAUGUUUUAAACACCAUCGAAAGGGAAAACUUUGUAGAAAUCACGUAUUUCUUCCAGUCGGAUGCAGUGAUGUCCAGACAACAACGACGAAACAGUCUGAUGGUUUGCUAGACAAAUGUCAUAAGCAUGUGCAAGAGAUAGUAAAAUUUUAUUGUCCAACCCACGAAGUCACUGGAUGUCGGGACUGUAUAAUUUUUGAGCAUAAACCAUGUGAUAUAACAUACAUAACGGAUAUAUCAAUAGGCUUAGAUGAAACUGAAUAUAUAGGAAAAGUGGUUAAAGAAAUUGACACUUCUACUGAGAAAGUUAAAGAACUACAAAGUAAAAUACAAACAAACAUAAAUAGUACACACACGGUUCACAAAAAAUUCACUUGUGAUGUACACCAAUUUAAGGAAAGGAUAUUAGAGAAGAUGGACAAACUAACUGUUGAUGCUUGUGAACAAGCCACUGGUUUUAAAACAGAGACUUUAAGUCUAUUAGGAAAUCUCGAAAUUGAGGCGUCUAAUAUCAUGGAAGAACUGUCUUCUAUGCAAAUGACAACUGAAACAGAGAAAAAUGAACCAAUUAAGUACUUUAUCACGGCAAAACGUUUAGGAAAACGAUUAGAUGAGAUAAAAAAGAAGCUUACAGAUAUUGGCACAAAGAAUGUUGCAAGGGAAUAUACGUUCUUGAAAAACAGAAAUAUGGAGAAUAUUGAAAAUGCCAUUGAAACUUGCAAGGGAAUCGAUUUUAUUCAAAAUUGCGAGAAAGAUGUGAAACAAGGCAAGCAAAAUAUUGUUAUAAAUCCAAGUUUCAGAACGGUAACCUUACAAAAAGAAGCAGGGUUACUUGGUUUCAAUUUAGCUGGGGGGCAUGAUGGUUUUCCGAUAUUCGUAUCCAGAAUUCUCCCAGGUUCACACGCGGCGAAAUCUGACUUAAAAGUAGCAGACGAGAUAAUUUUGGUAAGUAAACAGAAAAGUAUUAAAGUGAAAUGGUCUAUAAUAGAAUAACAGCAACAAAAAAAA